GAAACCGUCGUAGACUGUGUGGUUGUGGACAGAGAUUAUUUUACGUACUUACGUUGGAACUUACGCAGUGGACGUAAAUGACGUAGGCCGCGGCUGUUUCCUGUGGUAGUUAUACUUCGAAAUGGCCGAGCUGAAAGAGGCGGUCGCUGAGCAGCAGCAGCACCGGGAAGACGUCGAUAUUAAAUCUGAAGAUGUUGGUGUCACAGAGCAUGAAGCGGAUUCGAGUGAAGCCGCCGCGGAUACCAAACCCUCAACGACUACCGAGAGACACAUCUCCAUCCAGACCAAACUGGAGGGACUGGAGAUGCUCGUUGACCUGAAUGAGGGGCGGAAAUCUUGUCCUUUGUGCCCAGAGGAGAAGUUCAAAGCUUGCUACAGCCACAAACUGCGUCGCCACGCGUCAGGGAGGUACAUGGCUCACUACCACUGUGUGGUCUGUUCUGUCACCAUCGCCCGCAAGACCGACAUGAUCAGCCACCUGAAGCGUCACAUCAACAAAGGAGAGACGGAGGCCAGCUACUCUGGGAGCCUGGACGUACAGUUUGAAGAGUCGACUCUGUCCGGUCAGGCCUACGAGAUCAUGAAGGAGCUGGGUACCAACGUGCAGCUCCUCCCAAACCACACCACCCCUCAGAAGAGUGACACCUACUUCAACCGCAAGAUGAAGACCAACAGGCAGCUGGUGUUCUGCUCGCUGGCCGUUCUGGCUGAAGAGAGGAACCCGGUCGACUGUCUGGAUGCUUUCGGAGCUACAGGCAUCAUGGGGCUCCAGUGGGCCAAACACCUUCGCAACUCCGUCAAAGUGACCAUAACGGACAUCAGCGAUGCCUGCGUCAAGAUGAUCAAGGAGAACUGCGAGCUGAACAACAUCCGAGUGGAUGGAGGUUCCCGGCCCCCCUGCGGGAAUGACGCCCAACCCAUCACCACCGUGGAGGUCGUCAAGAUGGACGCUAACGUCAUCAUGCACCUGCGACCCUUUGAUUACAUACACCUGGAUCCUUUCGGCACGGCUGUGAACUAUCUGGACGCUGCCUUCAGGAACGUCCGUAACCUGGGAAUCAUCUCGGUGACGUCCACAGACACUGCCUCGCUGUACGCCAAGUAUCCUAACGUCACCCAGCGCUACUACAGCUGCCACAUCGUACGCACCGAGUACUACAAAGAGCUGGCUGCUCGCAUGGUGGUAGCUUCUGUCGCCAGGGCAGCAGCGCGCUGCAGCAAAGGUAUCGAGGUUCUGCUGGCGGUGGCACUGGAGCACUUUGUCCUGGUGGUGGUGAGAGUCCUCAGAGGUCCGACGCAAGCAGACGAGUCGGUUAAGAAGCUACGGAAACUGGUCCACUGUCAGUGGUGCGAGGAGAGAGUCUUUCUGAAGCUGGGAAACAUGGUUGACGACACGCUGCCCUGUAACUGUCAUGGAAGUUUGCCCGGAAAAACAGCCGUGUAUCUGGGACCGCUGUGGUCUGGUCCUCUUUUCAAUACGGGCUUCCUGAGAAAGAUGCUGUCUGCAGCUGUGCAGCACAGCAUGGACGACAUCCAGCCACUCGUCAAAACUCUCAUCUGUGAGUCCGAGUGCACCAUGCUCAAGCCGCUCUUCCACGGGUCGCAUACCUUCACCAACCAGGUGGAGUGUGGCGUUGUCAUCAAGACCUUACAGGACGGAGGAGAGGGGCAUUCCACUGAUCACUCUGGAAAGAGGAAAAUUGGGGAGGAGUCUGGAAAUAUUCUGAAGAAGAUGAAACCGGAUGCAUCUCUGGAGCAUCCGCCCUUCUACUACAGCAUCCAUCGCCACAGCAUGCGAGGCAUGAACAUGCCCAAGCUCAACAAGUUCCUCCAGUACCUGUCAGAGGCCGGCUUCAGGGUGAGCCGGACCCACUUUGACCCGACGGGGGUCCGAACCGACGCCACCUUGCAGCAGUUCAAAUCCAUCCUCACAAAGUACAGCCCCCCCACCUGCACCACCAACACCACCCACACCCAGACGAGCGUCAGCACUGAGUCGACGGCCUGAACACAGCGGGCGGAGGAACUCGCCUCCACUGAACCCUGCACUGACGGAGACGGAGUUUCAUGAGGAUCAUUGGAACUUUGUUCAAACUGAACCACCUGAUCCUGCGGCCGCACAGACCUGCUGUUCUGAUCGUGUUCUAUUUAUUCUUUUGGAAAUUGUGCUGUAGAUGUUUGACUUUUUUCAUCCAGUGUUUUCCCUUUUCUUACAAAAAUGAAAUAGAAUUGUUCUGUUCAAGCUG